AUGGCGCUGCUGUAUAGUACAAAAAUUCUUUUCUGCACCACCAAAUGGUCCUUCGAGCCGGAUAGCAACAAGCCAGUAAAAAUCGAGAAAGCAAUAUUCAAGACGGAAAUCUCAAGCACGUGCAGUUCGUCGACUACGGACAAAGAAUCGAGGCCGCCGUGUGAGACAAAGGGCGUGACCACAACAACGAGGCAGACGGAGACAUCGUCAAUUCGGAAAGGUUGCAUCGACAACAAAGAUCUCGCAAUCUCCUACAAGGAGGUUAGGAGAACAAACCAGAAUCACCAAGCAAACUCGAUGAGCUGGCAAUUAGUUACAAUAGAGCGUGCGUGGGAUGAUUUUCGCCAAACGCAAGACUCACUCGAAGAGUUGAAUGCCGAAUGUGAAGACGACGGUGAAAGAGAAACUUUCGAGUCGGAAUAUUAUGCAGCAGCUGCAGCUGCAAAGGCUCUCAUCGCGCGACACAGCAGAACGCGAAGUGCGGUACUAGAAAAUUGCGGUGCAGAUAAUCACGACAACGGUAACGCGAGUAAUUCGGUAGAUUGGAUAAAGUUACCACCAAUUAAUUUGCCCACAUUCGAUGGAUCCUAUGAUCAAUGGCCUAAUUUCCGCGAUACAUUCAAAGCGAUCAUUGAUGAAAAUACAAAUUUGUCAGAUAUUAAAAAACUUUAUUAUUUGCGAUUAGCCUUCAAGGGCGUGGCCGCGGAAAUCCUAGGAUCCAUGGAAUUGUCCGCGGGCAAUUACGACGUCGCAUGGAAUAUUCUAGAAAACCGUUUCGAAAACAAACGUGUUUUGGUCCACCACCACGUGCAGGCAUUGGUCGAAUUUUCAUUAUUGCAGAAAGAAUCUCGUACGGGAUUACGUCAAUUAUUAGAUCACACCGAAAAGCAUGUUCGCGCUUUAAGGAAACUUAGUCAGCCUACAGACCAAUGGGGCACAAUUCUUGUUCAUUUAAUGACGGUGAAGUUUGACAAUGCUAUCAAGCCCGCAGUCACGUCUGAGGUAAAACCGGAAAAGUGUCUAACAUGUAAGGAGGGAAAGCAUCGGGUAUAUCAUUGUCCGACCUUUCUAAAUUUGGCGCCGCAAGAUAGAAUUAAAGAAAUAAAACGCUUAAAAGUGUGUCUGAACUGUUUCAAGGUGGGCCAUUCCAUCAAAGCGUGUAAAUUCGGUACUUGCCGAAUUUGUCAUAAGAAGCACAAUACAUUGUUGCACAUCCCUAGAAGCGAGGAUACAGAUUUUGAGAGUAACAAUCAAAGAGCGACAACCGUCGAGCAAAAACCACCGACAGAGCAAACGACGAGUGUAGCUCAUCUUGCGGUUCCUAUCGCCGAUAGAGGACUGCUAGCAACGGCAAUCAUCAAAAUUCAAGAUAACGACGGAGAAUUUCAAGAAUGUCGAGCGUUUCUUGAUCUCGGAUCUCAGUCAAACUUUAUGACGAGAGAUCUUUGCGAGCGAUUAGGUCUUCCUCAGCGGAGGAAGUAUUUAGCAAUACGCGGCGUCGACAACACGCAAACCGCGGCAUUCACAGAUACACGCGCAACGAUUCAAUUUAAAUUUAACGCGUUUAAAGUUAAACUCAAGUUUUCAGUAUUGCCAAGAAUUACCACAAAUCUUCCUCUAUCUGAAAUUGACAAAGGCCAUUUACAGAUACCAGACAGUAUUACAUUCGCUGAUCCAUUAUUCUACAAGCCCGGAAUCGCACAAAAAACCAAGCUAGGUUGGAUCAUCGCGGGACCACUCAGCCUUCAAAAUCCGAGGGAACCGUCAACAGCGUCAGUCUGUUUCUUUUCCAACAGCGAUAAUAUCGAAACACAGUUAGAACGAUUCUGGCAAGUCGAAGAAGGCAGUCUCCACGCCAACUUAUCAGAAACAGAGCAAAUUUGCGAAGAUGAAUUCAUGAAGGGGCAUCGACGCAAUGCAGGAGGACGCUUCGAGGUCCGGCUGCCAUUACGUGACAAGGUGGAACGUCUCGGACAGUCACGAGAAAUCGCCAUUAAACGUCUAAAGGAAUUAGAGCGGAAAUUCGUCUCAUCUUCUGAAUUGAAAGUGCAAUACACUAACUUCAUGCAAGAAUAUCAAGAGUUAGGUCACAUGUCCGAAGUCAUAAAUCAAGGGGCAAACGGAACUAUUAAUUAUUUACCGCAUCACGGAAUUUGGAAAGAUGACAGCCUGGCCACGAAAAUCCGAAUCGUGUUCGACGCCUUGUGUCCUACAACAUCAGGGGUGUCUCUUAACAACAUACUUCAUGUUGGACCAACUAUUCAACAGGACCUAUUCUCCAUUAUACUUAGAUUUUGUCAACAUCAAUUCGUGAUUACGGCAAAUAUCAAGCAGAUGUACAGACAAAUCCUACUACAGGACGACCAACGAGAUUUGCAACGAAUUGUAUGGCGACCAAACACAAACGAACAAAUUCAGAAAUAUCGCCUUAACAUUGUGACUUACGGAUUGGCCAGUGCAUCAUUCCUAGCUAUUCGUUGUCUCCACCAACUGGCAAACGAAAAUCAAGAAAAUUAUCCCAGGACUAGCGACGUUAUUCGCAAUGAUUUUUACGUCGACGACCUGAUAUCUGGUGGAAACCAUCCGGACUCCUUAAUACGGCUGAAAACUGAGUUGACAAAAAUUUUUCAAUCAGCGGGUUUCGCUCUACACAAAUGA